CUCUCACUCGCAUUGUGUCUCUCUCUCUCUCUUUGGUUCAACAGGUUUCAAGCUUUGCACACAGUGCGUCUUUUUGUUUUCUCUUUCCUAGGGUUUGUGUUUUUGGUUGGAGGGGGAAGAAGAGGUUCUGAUCAUGGCGUCGAUGUCGUCGCCGGAUCAGGGGCCUAAGACAGAGGCGGGAGGAGGAGGAGAGAGCUCGGAGAAUGUGUCGGCGAGUGAUCAGAUGUUGAUGUAUAGAAGCUUUAAGAAGGCGAAGAAGGAGAGAGGAUGCACAGCUAAGGAGCGUAUCAGUAAAAUGCCGCCCUGCACAGCUGGCAAAAGGAGUUCCAUUUACCGUGGAGUCACCAGACAUAGAUGGACAGGUCGGUACGAAGCUCACCUUUGGGACAAGAGUACUUGGAACCAAAACCAGAACAAGAAGGGCAAACAAGUUUAUCUAGGAGCAUAUGAUGAUGAAGAGGCAGCUGCUAGAGCUUACGACCUUGCUGCCUUGAAAUAUUGGGGACCUGGCACACUUAUCAAUUUUCCGGUGACUGAUUACAGCAGGGAUUUAGAAGAAAUGCAAAAUCUCUCAAGGGAAGAAUACCUUGCAACUCUACGUAGAUAUACAUUUGGCAGAAAAAGCAGCGGUUUCUCAAGGGGAAUAGCCAAAUAUCGUGGCCUUCAAAGUCGAUGGGAAGCAUCAGCCAGUCGGAUGCCUGGACCUGAGUACUUCAGUAACCUUCAUUAUGGGGCAGGUGAUGAACGAGGAGCAGAAGGUGACUUUCUUGGCAGCUUUUGUCUGGAAAGAAAGAUUGAUCUAACGGGAUACAUAAAGUGGUGGGGAGUCAACAAAUCCCGUCAACCAGAAUCUUCAUCGAAAGCAUCAGAGGAUGCAAAGGUAGAAGAUGCCGGCACUGAGCUUAAAGCACUGGAACACACAUCCCAGGCAACAGAGCCAUACAAAGCACCAAACCUUGGUGUCCUUCAGAGGAAAGGAAAACAAAUAACAUCGCCGUCCUCCACCUCUUCUGCUUUAAGCAUUUUGUCUGCGUCACCUGCUUACAAGAGCAUGGAGGAGAAAGUGAUGAAGAUCCAAGAGAGCAGCAGCACUAGAGAAAACGAUGAGAAUGCAAACCGUAACAUCACCAGUAUUGAGAAGAGUCACGGUAAGGAAAUAGAGAAACCGGCUGUGAGUCACGGAGUUGCUCUAGGAAGUGGUGGCGGUGUUGCUCCUGCUGCUGCUUUGUCUCUUCAGAAAAGCAUGUACCCACUUAGCUCUCUCUUAACUGCUCCAUUGCUUAGCAACUAUAAUGCGUUGGAUCCCCUCGGAGAUCGUAUUCUCUGGACACCAUUCCUUCCCCCAGGAUCUUCUCAUACUUCAGAGGUGACAAAGACAGAGACAAGUUGUUCCACAUACAGUUACCUCCCACAAGAGAAGUGAGCCGUUCCCCUUUAGACUGUUUGUGAAAAAUGAUCUGAAGCAGGAAUGUACAGGUUUUUGUUAGUGUUUAUGUGUAUUUUCAGUGUGGAAUAUAUAUAGAAUCAUUAUACUUAAAUGUAAAACAUGCAAAAUUAUGAUUUUACAGUAGUAUAAAGGUUUGCUCUUAAAA